CUAGAACUUGAAGGUCUUGGCGAAGUUUCCCAGCCUUGCGGAAGAUGCGGAGCGCCCGAAUUAAAGAGGCGGCCACUUUUGGCAGUGCAUGCCAAUGCAUGGAGGGGAGGACUUCUGAAGGACCAUGCACUCGGAUGAUGCCUAGGAAAGGCGGCAGAUCGGGGUUUCGUUCUUGUGGCGGUUGAUGCUUCAUCGGGAAGCAGCAUAGGAACCUUGUGGAUCUGCACAAGGAGCGUUAAACAAGGGCACAUCAAGCCUGCUUGUUGAAACAAUCCCGCUCCUGAAGUUGUUCGUCUAGGGUUUUCUUCAGGUUUUGCCGGGAGUUUCCUGCUUCGGUUUGCUUUCUGCUGAUCUCCACCUGCAGGGUAGAUUCGAGGGUUAGGGUCAGCCAAAAUGGUUAAGGGCGUCAGGGCCCAGGUUUCAUAGGGGAGGGUCAGGAAGGAGAGGGUCCAACAAGCAGAGGUAGCGGGUGUCGUUUGGUAAGAGGGCAGGGUUUCUGCCAUGGGUACCAGUUCAAGUCGUCACCAGUCCUCUCAGCAGCAGCAGCCCUCUGAACAACAACCACAACGCCCCAACGGGGCAUCCCCCCAGGGUCAGGCAAACCCUAAUACUGCCCCCCCAAAUUCCCCUCCCAGGCACAACCCAUACGCGCCUCCACCUGGGCCCCCCCAAUUUUUCCCUCAGCCUUACCCUCAUCCAAGAGCAGCCGCCCCUUACUACGGUCCUGUUCCAUAUAACCCGUAUAGCCCGUAUCCCUAUCCCCCUCCAACAAAUGGACAGUUCUAUACCGGGGGGGGUGCAAUCAGACCCCCACCUCAGAGUUACUUGCCCCCCCCUCCCAUGCCAGUUGCUGUGCAGGAGCCCCAGCGGACGGCGCCCAUCAGGAAUGACGUAAACUUAAAGAAACAGUCUCUCAGGCUGGAAAAGGACGAAGCGAACCCUGGGUGUUGGCUUGUUGCGUUUUCGCUGGACGCAUCCUUGGCUGGCAGUGCCAGCAUCCUCUGGAUGGCCAAAGAGGGCGAGUCGUGCAGUCUGACCUCAGUACGAUUUAACGUCCCGUCCCCCAUCCGCUUUACUUUCAAAAAGGAGCUAGGCCAGAAGUUUGUACAACCCGCAGGACUUGGAAUCAAGCUCUCAGAUAUCACCUCAGAGGAGCUGUCAAAGGAGGGCCCUGGGGGGGUCUACCCGCUUGUCAUCAGGUUAGAAACAGAGCCAAAGAACCCUCCGCCGGACGCGCCCCCGCCAGACACGACGCCGGGCGCCAAGCUGCCUCGAUGGGUGCAGAGUCAGACGACGUAUGCGACGAUAAUCAAGCAGGAAGACGGAGGAUACAAGAUCAAGGUGCUGCGGCAGAAGAUCUGGGUGGACGGCGUCAGCUACGAGCUGCAGGAGAUCUACGGCAUUGAGUCCAACAGCGGGGCCACCUCGGAAACGGACCACGGGAAGGAGUGCGUUGUUUGCCUAUCGGAGCCACGGGACACGACCGUCCUGCCGUGCAGGCAUAUGUGCAUGUGCGGAGAGUGUGCAAAGGUCUUGCGGUAUCAGACGAACCGUUGCCCAGUAUGCCGGACCGUAAUCGACUCGCUUCUAGAAAUCAAGGUCGAAACCAAGUCCCCCGCUCCCAGCCCUGCUCCCAGCCCUCUACCUCAGAAGUAGACCUGGUAGUUUAUAGUCGGUCCGAUACUUUCCGUCUACAAGCUGCUGCGAAUCAUAGACAAAUAGCGCUAUCCCGCUUGCUCAUAUCUUACUAAGUAUUAAUACUAAGACUGUUCUAGCUUGUUUCGUGCUUGCAAGCGGGUCACGUGUAUAGUAGGCUAAGACAAUGAUUGACAAUAUAAGUUUUUGUGUUACCUCGGAUAAUAGGGUGUCUCGUGCGUAUGGGGGCGGGAUAUGUUCGAUCUUGUCAAGGACUGGACGCCAUCUAGCUAGCCUGCUACUUGCUGUACAACUAGCUGGGCGUAACUUUGCAAAGCACCUUUGGCAGAGCGACCGCCUCAAUUUGAAAAAAGUUUCUGCAUUUAGACCGCGCGACAGAGAUCUUAAAUUUGCUACACUUGUCCAAGCAGCAAUCAAAUUGAUAGAUCUACGGGUU